AUGGGAUCUGUAGAAGACACUGAGAGCACAUUUGACUAUAUUGUCUGCGGGCAAACAACAGGCCUGCUAAUUCACGAUAGAGGCGGCACAUCAGGCUGCGUUGUUGCUGGACGAUUGGCCGAGAACCCAGGUGUCAAGAUCUUGCUUCUGGAAGCUGGGCCCCAUAAUAAAGAUCUUGAGAAUCGCAGAUGGUCGAACAACUUCGACUCCGAAACAGACUGGAAUGUAAUCACGCCACCCAUGGCGGGUGUCGAUAAUCGCCAGGUAAAGCUCAGCAGAGGCCGAUUCCUAGGCGGAUGCAGCGGGUGUAAUGGCACACUCUGUAUCCGCGGCUGUCGACAGGAUUAUGAGGAUUGGGGUCUGGAUGGAUGGAGUGGUGACGAGUUCUUUAACUAUAUGAAAAAGGGGUUUUCAUUACUAACAUUCCUCGAUCAGGCCGAGACGUUUCAUCCCAAGGACUGGUUCAAAGCGGAUGAAGACAGCCAUGGCUACACCGGUCCUCUCCACACCGAGCCACAUGACCUAGCUCCCAUAUCGCAGCUGUUGAUGGAUUCGUUCGUCUCACAGGGCCUGCCUUUGAACCAUGAUAUGUUCAGCACGGGAGCCGUUUCGCAUGGCUGUGGCCAUGUUCCUCGUACGGUGUACCAGGGGAUCCGCACGACCGGCGCCGAUUUCGUGACGAACAAGAACCAUAGCGGGAAUAUCACCAUCGCGACUGACUCGAUUGUGGACAAGGUCAUUUUUACGCAUGAGGCGGAUGAGACCCACGCUACUGGUGUGGUGAUCAAGAGCUCUGACGGCGGUUCCAAGACAUACUAUGCUCGUAAAGAAAUUGUUGUUUCUGGUGGAGCAUAUUGCAGCCCUGCUAUUCUGCUCCGGUCUGGUAUCGGUCCCAGAGAAGAGCUGGAGAAGCACACCAUCCCAUGCACAGUGGAUCUACCAGGUGUAGGAAAGAACCUGAUGGACCAUCUGAUCGUCUUCAUGUUCUACGAAACAGAGAAGCAGGGUCUAACAAACGACCACCACGUCUACCACGACAACAACUUCGCAAAAACAUACGCAGAAUGGAAAGAACAGAAAAAAGGCUUUCUAUCCACAUUCCCCUUCGGCUCCUUCGCAUUCGCACGACUAGACUCCCGCCUCUCCGAUUCAAACCUCUGGACCACAUCUCCGCGCGCACCAGGACGAGACCCCAUGGGCCUAACACCCAGCCAACCCAAUAUCGAAUUCUUUACCACAGAAUGCUACGGCGGCCCGAAACAAUACAACGACUUUCCCAUUAAUAACAAGCAUGCCUUCUCCAUGAUCGCGGAGCUGUUCGCGCCGAAGUCUAGGGGGAGUGUUACUCUAAAUUCGAAAGAUGCGAUGGAGAACCCCAUUGUAGAUUGUAAUUACCUGGACGAUCCGCUCGAUUUAUUGGUUAUCAGUGAGGCGUGCAGGUUUGGAAAUGAGAUUGUGAUGAAUGGGAAGGGCACGAAGGGUAUUGUUAAGGGGUCUUGGCCGGCGGAUUUGAGGCACCAUACCUAUAAGACGAGGGAGGAAUGGGUUCCUUAUGUUAAGGAGCAUGCUACUACUUGCUACCAUGCGGCUGGGACAUGUGCUAUGGGGAAGGACGAUAAUAGAAUGGCUGUUCUGGAUGAGAGGUUGAGGGUUAGAGGUGUUGCCGGGCUGAGGGUGGCGGAUUGUAGUGUUAUGCCUGCCCUGCAUGGAGGGCAUACGCAGAUGCCGGCGUAUGGGAUUGGAGAGAAGUGUGCAGAUCUAAUUAAGGAGACUUGGUAA